AUGUCACUCCGAUUUACUGAAGCAGCACAAAUGCAAGAUAUCAUUCGUAUCUUCAAUACUAAUAUAGAUGGUCGUUCAACAGUAGUCCGUUCUUUAACAGGUAUUAAAGGUUUAGGUUUAAGAAUGGCUACUCUUAUCUGUAAGAAGGCAGAGAUAGAUACUAGCUUAAGAGCAGGACAAGUUGAGCAGGAGAAGCUUAAUAUGAUUUCUAAGAUCUUAGAGAAUCCUCAAGCCUUUGAUAUUCCUCUCUGGUUCCUUAACAGACAAAGAGAUGUAAUUACUGGUCAAUCAAUUCAACUGAUUGGUAACCAAGUAGAGGCUGAUUACAGACUUUACUUAGAAAGGGCUAAGCGGGUUAAGCAUAUCAGAGGAUUGCGAUUGUUGAAGGGUCUUAAGGUCAACGGACAAAGGACUAAAUCUAACGGUCGAAAGGGUAAGACUGUUGGUGUCUCCAAGAAGAAAUAA